CCAACCGGUCUCGCCUCACGGGGCGUUCCCGGAAGUCGCGGUACGCGGGGGCGGGGCCGCGGCUGCGCACUGAGCGCGCCGGGGGAAAAUGGCGGAUGACAAGGACUCGAUGCCAAAGGUGAAAGACCUGGCUUUCCUAAAGAAUCAGUUGGAACAUCUUCAGCGGCGACUAGAGGAGGAAGUCAAGACAGGUGUGGAACAGGAAGGCUCGUUCCUGUCAUCUCCUUUUCUCAAGGGCUUCCUGGCCGGCUAUGUUGUAGCCAAAUUGAGAGCAUCUGCGGUGAUGGGCUUUGCAGUUGGUGUAUGCACCGGUGUGUAUGCUGCACAGUCCUAUGCAGUCCCCAACGUCGAGAAGACCUUGCAGGAUUAUCUCCGAGCCCUUCGUAAGGGACCUGACUAGUACACCCUCAGCAGUCCUCCCUC